AUGAGAAACAUAAGAUUGUUUCUUUUCAUUGCUCUCAUAAUGUUACUUGAAGCAUAUGGUUUGACCGUUGAAACUGAUAGGAAAGCACUGCAGGAUUUCAAAUCUCAAGUUUCUGGAGACAAACAAGUUGUUUUGUCCUCAUGGAAUAACUCAGUCCAUGUCUGCAACUGGAAAGGAGUUACAUGCGGCGUCAGACACAAGAGAGUCACUCGUUUGGACCUAGGAGGGUUGCAGUUAGGGGGAGUGAUAUCACAAUAUAUCGGUAAUCUUUCGUUUCUCAUAUCACUCGAUCUCUCUAAUAACACUUUUGGCGGAACCAUACCUCACGAAGUGGGAAACUUGCUUAGACUUGAUUACUUAGAUAUGAGCUACAAUUCUCUGGUAGGAGCGAUUCCAAUCAGCCUAUUUAACUGCUCUAGAUUGUUGGAACUCUAUCUAAAUUCAAAUCCUCUUGGAGGAGGUGUUCCUUCAGAGUUAGGGUCAUUGACGAAGCUUGUCAACUUGGAUCUUGAAAGAAACAAGUUGAAAGGGAGGCUCCCUGCAUCUCUUGGAAACUUGACAUCGCUAAUGAGAGUUAGUUUUAGGGAUAAUAGUUUACAAGGAGAAAUUCCGGGCGAUAUAGGUAGAUUAAAUCAAGUGGUCGAACUUAUGUUAGCAGUGAACAAGUUUUCUGGUGUUUUUCCUUCCGAAAUAUACAACUUAUCCUCACUUGAGUUAUUAACCAUCCGCGAUAAUCAUUUAUCGGGUUUCUUGAGACCUGAUUCUGAUAAGCUGCUACCAAACUUACGUUUUUUAAAUAUGGGAGGUAACUAUUUCAAAGGAGCCAUUCCAGCAUCACUUGCAAAUAUCUCGAAUCUUCUGAUGCUGUCACUAAAUGCCAACAACCUGACUGGAAGUAUUCCUUCGAGCUUUGGAAAAUUGCAGAGUUUGCAACUUUUGUCUCUUUUUAAAAAUAGUUUGGGAAGUCACUCGUCUGUAGAUCUUGAAUUCCUUGGCGCUUUAACUAACUGCACCCAACUAAAAACUUUAUAUGUUUUCGGAAAUCGUCUCGGUGGUCACUUGCCAACCACCAUCGCAAAUCUGUCAACAAACCUCCGAGUUUUAGACCUUGGAACAAAUUUCAUCUUUGGAAGCAUUCCUCACGACAUUGGGAAUCUGAUAAACCUACAAUCACUUGCGCUAGACGGAAAUCACUUAACAGGUCUAGUCCCCACGUCUAUUGGCAAGCUCUUACAAUUAGAGGUGCUUGAUCUCGUUUCAAAUGGUAUAUCUGGAGAGAUACCAUCUUUUAUAGGAAACCUCACUCGUUUAGACGCACUAGUCUUGGCCAAUAAUAGAUUUGAAGGAACAAUUCCACCGAGUCUUUGCAAUUGUACUUCUCUACGCUAUUUAAUUGUUGAGCUUAAUAAGCUGAAUGGGACUAUACCUCAGGAGAUUAUGCAAAUUCAAUCCCUUGUUGAACUCGAUGUGGCAGGUAAUUAUUUGACUGGCUCUCUUCCCAAAGAUGUUGGACGACUUGACCAUCUUGUUCAUCUAGCUGUUGAGAAUAAUAGAUUAUUCGGACAAAUCCCACCUUCAUUGGGAAAUUGUCUCACGAUUGAAUUACUCUCUCUGCAAGGGAACUAUUUUGAUGGAGUCAUUCCUGAUAUUAAAGGGCUGGAAGGUCUUAAAGAACUUGAUUUCUCUAACAAUAAUCUCUCUGGAAGUAUACCUAGAUAUCUUGCAAACUUUUCUUCGCUGGAGUAUCUCAAUCUAUCUGUUAAUAAUUUUGUGGGAAGUGUGCCAACAGACGGGGCAUUUCGGAAUGCUACUAUAGUUUCAGUGUUUGGUAACAAAAAUCUCUGUGGAGGCAUCAGGGAAUUCAAACUAAAGCCAUGCGUUACUACUGAAGUAGCACCACCAUCGAAGGGGUCAAAGCGUUCCUCUCUUUUAAAGAAAGUUGUGAUCGGGGUCAGCGUAGGAAUAACUUUGCUUUUUCUGCUCUUCGUUUUUUUACUUUUGAUCAGAAAAAGAAAGAAGACCCAGCAGACCAAUAACCAAUCUCCUUCCACAUUGGAAGUCUUCUUCCCAAAGAUGAGUUAUGGAGAGAUCCGGAAUGCGACUGAUGGCUUCUCUUCGAGGAAUAUGAUUGGGUCAGGAAGUUUUGGUACCGUGUUUAGAGCAUUUCUCCCUGCUGAGAACAAGGUUGUUGCUGUGAAAGUUCUUAACAUGCAGAGACGUGGAGCGAUGAAGAGCUUUAUGGCAGAAUGUGAAUCUCUUAAGGAAACAAGACAUCGUAAUCUUGUGAAAUUAUUGACGGCUUGUUCGAGUAUUGAUUUUCAAGGAAAUAUGUUCAGAGCUCUGGUCUAUGAGUUCAUGCCUAAUGGGAGCCUUGAUACGUGGCUGCACCCAGAGGAAGUGGAAGAGAUUCAUAUGCCCUCGAAAACCUUGACACUUCUGGAAAGGCUCAACAUUGCCAUUGACGUGGCUUCUGUUUUGGACUAUCUUCAUGUUCAUUGUUAUGAACCUAUAGCGCAUUGUGAUAUUAAGCCAAGCAAUGUCCUCCUAGAUAAUGAUUUGACUGCCCAUGUUAGCGACUUUGGUCUGGCUCGUCUUCUCCUCAAGUUCGAUCAAGAGUCCUUCUUCAAUCAACUAAGCUCAGCUGGUGUUAGAGGAACCAUUGGCUAUGCCGCACCAGAAUAUGGAAUGGGAGGGCAACCAUCAAUACAGGGUGAUGUGUAUAGCUUUGGAGUUCUGGUUUUGGAAAUGCUCACCGGAAAACGACCAACUGAUGAGUUAUUUGGGGGAAACUUUACUCUCCACAGCUACAUCAAAUCUGUGUUGCCAGAGCAAGUGUUGAAAAUUGCAGACAAAUCGUUUUUUGACAAUGGUCUGAUAGUUGGUUUUCCUAUUGCUGAGUGCUUGACACUGGUUUUGGAUGUGGGACUUAGGUGUUCUGAAGAAUCACCAACAAACCGGCUCGAAAUGAGUGAAGCUACAAAGGAGCUAAUCUCAAUCAGAGAGAGGUUCUUUAAAGCCAGAUGAACAGACAGAGGUUGAAGUGUUUAUGGUUUCCUCUACAAACUUUUAAACUUACUUAAAAGCCUG